AUGACAUCCCCGACUGGGUCCGUUUCAGACCUUUUGGCCACAGGAGGUUCAGGCACAGGAGGAUUGGGAGGAAGUAACAGCAGGAAUAACGAUACCCUAGACGCCUCGACGUUCAUCGACCCCUUUUCAGAGUCCAACCCCUUUGCGGACGACAUUGACUCCAUAAGCGGCCCACCUGGUCUGGCUUCUGUAGGAGGUGCAGGGGUGCUCAAGGCUUCGCAGUCGUUGAACUUUCAUGAGUAUUAUCCGCAGUCUACUAUUGCUGCUGGGACGGACGACGAUGAUUCUGAGGCGACAGGACAUGGUGGUGGUGGUGGUGGUACGGAAGGGUCGCUGUAUGGGGUCAACACGACGUUCCAGAAAUCCUUCUCUGCGAUGAAUUUGGCAGGACAGCAGCAGGGGGAGAACACGUUAUCGCCGUCGCCUUAUUAUGGAGCAGGAGCUGCGGCAUCUGGCGGGUUCGAGGAUUAUCAGCCACGGUCUUCGCACCAGUAUGAUUCAGAUGGUGGGCUGCAGAGGUAUGCGACAGGAGGAGGAGGAGGAGAAGGAGGAGGUGGGCAUCAGCGGUGGAGUAGUGUUGAUUCUGACCAUCAUGGCGACGUGGAGGAGGUUCAGCAAGGGCAUGGACAGGGGCAGGGGCAGCGGCAGGGGCAAAGGCAUGGGCAGGAGCAUGAUCAGGUUUCUAUUGUGCGCGGGGGGGCAGGACAGUUCCGUCCUGAGUCGACUCGGUCCCUUGGUUCUCAGAUGUCGUUCCGUUUGCCAGAGGCGGGUGCGAUUCCGUGGUUCGAUAUCACUGUUGGGGAGCCUCAAAAGAUUGGGGAUGUUAUCAGCCCGCACAUAGUCUACAAAGUCCAUAUCAAGACAAACUCGACAGCAUUCAAGUCGAGCGACUUCACGGUCCAACGGCGAUACCGGGAUUUCUUAUGGCUGUACAACCAACUGACGACACACAACCCAGGAGUGAUUGUCCCGCCCGUGUCGGAGAAGCAUGCGUUGGGCCGAUUUCAGGACGAGUUCGUGGAGAGUCGUCGGAUUGCGCUUGAAAGGUGUCUGCGCAAGAUGACGGCUCAUCCUAUGUUGUAUGGAGACCCUGAUUUGAAGCUGUUUUUGGAGAGUGAGAGCCUAGUCGCGGAGAUCAAAGAAAAGAGACAGGAUAGUUCCAAGGGGUUCAUGACAAAGUUUGGAGAGACUCUUUCGAGUGCGACGACAUUCACAAAAGUCCACGAGACCGACGAGUGGUUUGAGUCUCGUCGUACACAGUUGGAUGUUUUGGAUGGGCAGCUGAAGUCGUUGUUGAAGGCGAUUGAGGCGAUUAUCAAGCAGCGUCGGGAUCUUGGAGUGGCGUCGUCUGAGUUUGGCGAGAGUAUUGUCUCGUUGGCAGGCACAGAGUUGAACAAACCAUUGGCGAACUCGCUUCUGGUCCUAGGUAACCUCAAGAUCCGGAUCAAGGAAUUGCACGACAAACAGGCACAUAUGGAUGUGUUGACGUUGGAGCACACGGUGGAUGAGUACAUCCGAACGAUUGGAUCGAUCAAGAUUACGUUCAUGACACGAGCCAAGUUCAACCAGAACAUGGUCCAGGCUCAGAACGAGCUAUCAAAGAAGAAGGCCAACUUUGACAAGAUGAGCCAGCCAAGUCGAAAGACUAAACCUGAGCGACUCCAACAGCUCCAGCAGGAGAUCACGGAGGCCGAGCUGAGGGUCGACGGGGCCAAGAAGGACUUUGAGGAGAUUUCGACUUUGAUCCGACAGGAGUUUGAUCGGUUUGAUCGGGAGAAGGUCGAGGACUUCAAACAGAGCGUGGAGGCGUUCUUGGCGAGUAUGGUGAAGCACCAGAGGGAGAUUGUGGGGCUGUGGGAGAAUUACUUCCGGGCGCUUAAUGGAGCUGCUGAUGAUCAACAGAGUCCUACUACUUCUUCUUCACAGCAGGAUCAGCAACAGCGGACGACGGCGGCUGGGGAGGAGCCGGCGGCGACAGGGUUUGGGUCCCAUUCGGACACGGAGACGUCGUUGCAUGGUGGAGAGACGGGGGUUCUUAAGACAAGCCAUUCGGACGAUAUCUUGUCGUCUAAUGCAUGGAGCGCAUAG